AUAACUUUGGUAUAAUGAAUAAAUAGUCCCUUGAUAGUAUCGACAAACCGACAAAACGAUAUUUACCACCAAACUGUUAAUAACAUUUAGCUACAUGUUAAACCUGUGCCGCUGUUAAUAUUGUAAACAAAAAUCUAACCUAGCGGAAAUAUUACUUAAUUAGAAUUAUUCACACAUAAUCAUGUCCAGCAACAUUGCACGCAACAGCUACAAGCUUUUUGUUGGAAAUCUGCCAUGGACAAUCAGCAGCAAGGAGCUAAAAUCAUAUUUCUCACGGUUCGGCCAUGUGGCCAAUGCCGAAGUGGUCUUCGAUAAGCAAUUGGGACUGUCGAAAUACUAUGGUUUUGUGAUCUUUAGCCAGCGUGAUGCCUUUAAUAGCGCCAGCAAUCAAAACACACAUUUUCUGGAAGGUCGCGUACUCAAUGUGCAACGGGCAACUGCAACCCAAUAAAAUGCUUACAUAUAUGUAUAUACACACAA